CGUUCACCGAAAGCCUGUUAUCCCGCCUGACCUUCCAGGAAAGUGAAAGUUCCUAACAUAUUCAUUACCACCCAUAGCCGUCAACAUUAUCCAAUCAGGACUAAAGGAGAACCCGCGACGUUCACUGAAGGGGGCGUGGUUUGUUUGUUGCCGUUAUCCUUUAUGACACCCUGCAGGAAUGCGCUAUGCUUCUAUGGCCACUGGUUCUAUGCUGGUCACUGGUUCUAUGCUUCUACGUUCGCUGGUUCUAUGCUUAUUUGAUUGUAUGGACACUGGUUCUAUGGAUAUAUGGUCACUGGUCUGGUUCUAUUGUCAAUGAUUGGUCACUGGUUCCACGGUGAGACCGGUUCUAUGGUUCUCUUGUCGGACCUUCUUACUAAACCGCUGAUGGCUGAAGGCCAGUGGGAAACUGUCAUUACGAUAUGCGUGAUAUAUGACCAGCGUUUUCGACACUGGAUUUGUAAAGUGUUUUUAAGAAUGUGUUUAAAUUAUGUUUUAAUAUUCACAAUAUGCAGGCUAGCAUUUAGAUUUAUGCCAAAGAGUGCGAUUUAAAAGAAGUAGAGAGAGCUUUUUUCUGCCCAUGAUGCCUAUAAUGUUACAUGGGGUAAUACAAGCGGAUAUUCGGAGGAAGUAAACCAAAAAUGUCCAACAGCUGUUUGCUGUUUAAUCUGCAGCCGUCAGAUCCUGCAGGUCUUUGAUUGGGAAACCCAAUCCACAUGAAUGACUGAACUAAACCUUCCCUUAAUCUAGGGCCCUUAUUGGGCUUCCUGUCUUUUGCAUGCAAAUCAGGAAGCUUGCAUUUUAAUACGGGGAGAAGAUGCAUCAUUAAAAUGUGGACGGAAAGGCGAAGAGUGUUGCAACAAACAAGCAAACAAAAAAUAAUGAUUGCAACAAUAGCGUUAAUGAAGUGCGCGCGCGGUCACCUCUGUAAUUGACAGGUCAUCUGCACUCCGUCACGUCCGGUAUGAAUAAAUGCUGUGAUCCCAGUAGGCUGAUGGGUCAUUAGCAUAUUCUAACAACAUUGAUUUCUUCAUUAAUGCAUUUUUUUUCUUAACUAAUUGGCCUUAAUUAGUUUCAACUGGUUCACUGUAAUGAUUGAUCCCUCUUAAUCAGAGACUUGAUUCCUUAAUUCUCUCUUCUGACAUGGCUUCGGCUGUAUAAGGGCGCUCGUUUCUCUUCCUCUUCGUCGUGAAUAUUCGGAAGACUUCGUCAUUUGUAGGAGCAGCAACAACGGGUCGGAAUUGAUAACUGGUGAUGCCUCAGCUUGAAUAUUAAAGAAGUCUGUGAUGUUUAGAUGGUCAGCUAUUAAUGAGGCCCAUUCAAAGGCCUGAAAGCAGACAGCAACAGGCAAUCAUUAAUCCGUUUUAUUCACGAUCAUUCUAGAUCAUUUAAGAUGAUUUCAUAUAGCAGGCCUUAUAGGGCUUCUAGAUUUAAUUUACUUCGAAUUCUGCUCUAAAAUUGUCCUUUCUCCGUUGAGUGACAGCUGCUCGCUCGAUUUAGAGAACAGGCGUGGGCUUCAUAUGGUGAGAGAGUUGGGAGAUAUGGUUUAUGUCUCUAUGCCGGCCGCCCUCCAACCUAAACCCCUGAUUGAACGAAACACCACAAAAAAAAAUGCAAUCGCUUUCGAUGUUUUAUAAAAAACUAUUAUGAAAUUGGCAAUUAGGACACGUUUUCCUCGCUUGACCCCACACAAAAUUAAAGAAAAGUUUCAGAAUGCAAAAACGGAGUAAAAGUAAUAGGUAAAUGUGACUUACACAUAAUAAAUUUAGUCCAAGCGGCCAAUUAGGAUUUAUUCCCCAUCAUAUUGUCAAUCCAAUUAUUUCGGACAUAAAUUAGCUGCCGGCCCAUCCAGCCGUCAAUAAGAGGCCCGAUCGGGGUUUGUGUUAUGAUGUUGCUGAAAAAUCCCCCGUUUCUCUAUUUUUAGAUCAAGCACUGGCCCAUAUUAGGGUUUUAAUUUCUCUGAGGAAACGGUGUGAUUUAAUCUGCUGUGGUGGGAUUAUAUCUUCGCGUCCAGCUGUCGCUCCGACGGCCCUUUGAUGGCGCGUGUGAUGCUUCUGCUCAGCAUCUGGAAACAACAGCCCGUCUAUGUGUGUGAAACAUUCGACAUAGCUAGGUCUCCAUUGAUCUGUUAAUUAGAAAAAUCAUGCUUGUUUAUUUCUGGAAGCUGAAAAGAUUUUUUUUUGAUUAUCUUCAUGCAAAAUAAUCUUUCGCUACCUUGGAUUUUGUGGCAUCAAAAUGUUCGCUAGUUCUUCAUCUUAAAAUGCUCAACAAACGUAGACUAUAGCUUGUUGUGUGUGUCAUAUUCCUCUCUGUGCGCCCUGGUCCGUGUGGUUUAUGUUGUUGAGGAACCAGCUCCAGAUCCGAGAGGGCGUAUAAACGCAUCCAUGAUCCACAGGAAUCCUCAACAGCUUCCUUGCAGCUGAUUGGCUGCUGAGUCCUGACUCCUUUCGGGAUGGACCUGUUGGAUAAAAGGACCGUUUUCUAAAAGCUUUAGUGCCGCGUUGCACAGUGGAUCAUGCACUGGGGACUACCAUCCACACGAAACGGGCAAAUAUCACCCAAACACAGAGACUAAAUGACGGGGAAGCAAGGCGCCUUGCUGUCGGAAACUUUCAACCCAUCCAAAAUGUCACUGGGCGGAAACGGAGGAGCCGUGAACGGGCAUCUGUUGAAGAGCACCGCCACGCACCCUCCGAAAUGCACGGGCUUCGGGAUCCAUGAGAUACUGGGGCUGAAUAAGGAGCCCUCCGUGCCCCCCGGCAGCCCGCUGCAGGCUCUGCCGCCCGGUGCGCAUCUGCUGGCUGCUCGGUCCAUGCUGGGCCCGGCCGCCGUGGGCGUCGGGAUGGGACUACUCGGGCCCGGCGGGAUCCCGUCCUUCUACAGCCAGCCUGCGUUUCUGGAAGUGCUGUCGGACGCACAAAACGUUCACCUGCAACCCCACCAUAGAUCACUGGGACGGCUGGACGUGGGCCAGUCCACUGCCAGCUCAGAUUCGGAGGAUUUCUCUUCCAAUGAACGAAAGAUCUCCAAGUCUUCCAUAAAUCAGAGCAAGAAACGCAAGAAAAGACGGCACCGGACCAUAUUCACCUCGUACCAGCUGGAGGAGCUGGAGAAGGCCUUCAAUGAAGCCCACUACCCUGAUGUUUACGCCCGGGAGAUGCUGGCCAUGAAGACAGAGCUCCCUGAGGACAGGAUACAGGUGUGGUUCCAGAACCGCAGGGCCAAGUGGAGGAAGCGGGAGAAGUGCUGGGGCCGCAGCAGCGUCAUGGCGGAGUACGGCCUGUACGGGGCCAUGGUGCGCCACUCCAUCCCCCUCCCCGAGUCCAUCCUCAAGUCGGCCAAGGACGGCGUCAUGGAGUCCUGCGCCCCCUGGCUGCUCGGGAUGCACAAGAAGUCCAUGGAGGCCGUGGUGCCCCCGCCGUCGGGCCUCAAACCGGACCACCCCAGCAGCCCGCCCUCACCCCCAUCCCCACCACCCGCCGCCGCCGCCGCCGCCAUGGCUCUGGCUCAGCGGGCCGACGGCAGCGACGGCGAGGACAAGCGCCCCCCGGAGAGCGAGCGCUCCCCCAUCUCCAAGGAGGAGCUGAGAGAGAACAGCAUCGCCGCACUCAGGGCCAAGGCCCAAGAGCACAGCGCCAAGGUGCUGGGGUCGGCCUCCUGCGACAGGGCACCUCCGGAGGGCCAGGACGAGAGGCCGGCCCCCGCCCCCGAGGAGAGCCCCAGAGACCCUUGAGCCCAGCGAAGGACACCCAAGGUCCCUAGAGAUUGGAAGGGGGCCGG